AUGUAUCGCAUCUGGAACAUUUAUGUGCUGGCCGCCUUUGGCACAAUUGGCGGCAUGCUCUUCGGCUUUGAGAUCAGCUCCAUGAGCGCCUGGAUCGUCUCACCCCAAUAUCUCGACUACUUUAACAGCCCUGGCGGUACUGACCAGGGCGGCAUCACAGCCUCCAUGUCGGCUGGCUCGUUUAUGGGCGCUCUCGUCGCAGGAUACCUCGCCGAUAGGCUGGGCCGUAAGGGCGCCAUUCAGAUCGCUUCCAUUAUCUGGAUCGUGGGUGCCAUUCUGCAGUGCUCCGCCCAGAAUAGGGGUCAUCUCGUCGUUGGCCGUAUCGUUGGCGGUCUGGCCAUUGGCAUCACCAGCUCCCAGGUGCUCGUGUAUUUGGCAGAGCUGGCGCCGUCAAAGAACCGCGGCGCUAUCGUCGGUAUCCAGCAAUGGUCCAUCGAGUGGGGUAUCCUCAUCAUGUACCUCAUCUCAUAUGGCUGCUCCGUUUCCAUCCCGCACCCGUCCGCCUUCCGCAUCGCCUGGGGCCUCCAGGCCGUCCCUGGAAUUGUCCUCUUCUUCGCCCUCUUCUUCUUCCCCGAGUCGCCGCGCUGGCUGGCUAACCAUGACCGCUGGGAGGAGGCCCACGAGAUUCUGGCCAACCUUCACGCCAAUGGAGACCUUAACGAUGCCGUCGUCAUUGCGGAGCUCGAGGAAGUUCGUGAAGCAGUCAAGAUUGCCGCCGAGUCCAAGGACAUUGGCUACCUCGGCCUGUUUGCUCCUGGCGUGUGGAAGCGCACCCUGGUAGGCGUCAGUGUCCAGGUUUGGCAGCAACUCUUGGGAGGCAACGUCAUGCUCUACUACCUUACAUAUAUAUUUAGCAUGGCUGGAAUGACUGGAAACAUUGCCCUCAAGUCGUCUAUCAUCCAAUACGUCAUCUUCCUCGUCACAACUGGCUGCGUUCUGCCCGUGAUUGACCGCAUUGGUCGUCGCUGGCUGCUUCUGGUCGGUGCCUUGAUCUGCGGCGUUCUUCACUUUACCACUGGCGCCGUCAUGGCUGUACACGGUCACCACGUGGACAGUGUCGAUGGUAAUGAGAUCCUCAAGUGGUCUAUUAGUGGGGCCCCUGCAAAGGCCGUCAUCGCCCUAGCCUAUAUCUUUGUCGGUGUCUACGGUCUGACGUGGGCACCGGGGGCAUGGAUCUAUGCAGCCGAGGUAUUUCCUCUCAAGUACCGAGCAAAGGGCGUCGGCCUCGCUGCUGCUGGUAAUUGGAUUUUCAACCUCGCCCUCGCCUUCUUCGUUCCUCCGGCCUUUACCAACAUUCAGUGGAAGACGUACAUGAUUUUUGGCACUUUCUGCAUCGCCAUGACGGGCCACAUCUUCUUCACGUACCCCGAGACGGUCCAGAAGUCCCUCGAGGAGAUUGACACCAUCUUCGACGAAAACAUCCCCGCUUGGCACACUACGACACAGGCCACGUUUGAGCAGAAGGUUGCCGAGGUGCAAGCUACAGGUGGCCUCAAGGAGAAGGCAAGCAUUUUCCACAAGGAAGAGGGGCAGGAAAAGAACAAGACAAUGUCGCGAGACAACCUGUCUAUCCGCCUGGCCGAAAGGCCGACAGAGGAGAUCAUCCCUGGAACGACCUUUGUCACCAAGACUACCCCUGCUCCUUCGCCUAGUGACCUCAAGGAAGGGGAGAUCCUCGUCGAGCUCCUUUACCUGUCUCUUGACCCUUCUCUCCGUGCUCAGCUCAAUGACCGUCGAUCGUAUGUUCCUCCGGUCCAGAUCGGCGCCGUCAUGACGGGCAUCAGCGUUAGCCGCGUGCUGGCGACCAAGUCGAAGCUCGCUGCCGUGGGCCACUUCGUCGUCGCCUCGGCCGGGUGGCAGCAGUACGCCAUCCUCAAGGACGGCACAUUCGAGCCCCAGGCCCUGUACCCAGGCGUCACCAAGCCCGAGGAGAUGCUCUCGGUGCACGGUCUUACGGGCAUGACGGCCUGGUACGGCAUGACGCAGAUUGGCGACCCCAAGCCCGGGGAGACGGUGGUAGUGUCGGCCGCCGCUGGCGCCACCGGCAGCUUCGCAGGACAGAUUGCCAAGAUCAAGGGCGCUCGAGUCAUCGGCUUGGCUGGCUCCGAUGACAAGUGCAAGUGGCUGACUGAGGAGCUGGGAUUCGACGUCGCCCUCAACUACAAGGCUGCGGACUUCAAGCAAAAGUUUGACGAGGCCACCAAGAAUUUCAUCGACGUCUACUUUGACAAUGUCGGAGGAGAGAUUCUCGACAUGUGCCUCCUCAGGGCCAAGGAGCACGCCCGCUUCGUUGCCUGCGGUGCCAUCAGCCAGUACAACUCUUCCAAGCCGGUGGGCAUCCGUGCCCUGUCCCAGGUCGUCACCAUGCGCAUCCGCAUGCAGGGCUUCAUCGUCUUUGACCACCGCGACCGUUUCGCCGAGGCCCGUGCCGAGCUCAACAAGUGGCUCGCCGACGGCAGCCUUAAGAAGUCCGAGACCAUCGUCAGGGGAGGACUUGCCAAGGCUGAGCAGGCCCUCGUCGACCUGUACCACGGCAUCAACACUGGCAAGCUCAUGGUUGAGGUCAAGGACCCCAACGAGACGCCUGCCAAGCUCAUCAUUCCUUCUGGGCGCAAUGCCAUAUUCUGUGUCUAUCUCGAAUGUUCAUAUUAA